GCGCCCGGAAUUGUUGUAAAAGUUAGCUUUGCUUCUACUUAUUUAACAGCCUGUCCGUCGUUUUCUAAAUUAUUUAAGCUCUAGUUAUUUGAUAAAGGUGACGAAGGAGAAUGGCAACCGAUUCUUUGAGUUCUGAAAUGGAUAAAAUGGACGUAGAAGGAUCUUGCUAGUUAUCUAGAGAUGCGCUGCUCCUCCCUUUCAUUCCUCCGAAGGGGGACCUGGCUAUGUACCCUAAAGCUGUCCCACUCAGUUCAUUGCUCUAGACCUCAUAGGCUCGCAAAGGCCCCUCCUCAAGACAGUGUAUACCAAGCUAGCUUAGCAAGAGCCAUUAGAAUGUAUGCCCCUCUAAGAAGUAUAGCCAAUGGUCCAGUGAUCUACACCUCUGAAAAGGAAGGAAGUGACGAGUCUGGCGAUGGAUCUGCACAGAAGCCAUUCAAAACUGUUAUGCAGGCCUUACGUGUCACUGAAGGUGAAGAACCUCUUCCCCAAAUCAUGGUGGACAGUAAAGCUGAAGGAGAGAAAUAUGAAAAGCUUGCCAAGGCCCAACUGAAGAAGGUGACCAAAAUUUAUGCACAGGAGAAAAAAAAGUCGGAAGAUAAAGAGAAAAAAGAGGCUGAGAAAGCACAGCAGAGGGAAAAAAAUCUUGAAGAGGCCAAGAAAAUUUCAAUUAAGGAGGAUGAAAGUUUGCCAAAAGCCAAGAGGAUAAGGAUCAUUGAGUCUGUAACUCAUCGUGAUCAGCGGGUCAAGGUGUUUGGUUGGAUUCACAGACUCAGAAGACAAGGGAAAAACCUGAUGUUUAUAGUUCUUAGAGAUGGCAAUGGGUUUCUGCAAUGUGUCUUGUCAGAUCUUUUGUGCCAGACCUAUGAGGCCCUGAUAUUGGCAACAGAAGCUUCUGUAUGUCUUUAUGGUGUCAUUAAAGAAGUUCCAGAAGGAAAAACAGCCCCUGGAGGUCAUGAAAUGGCUGUGGACUACUGGGAACUAGUGGGGGAAUCCCCAUCUGGUGGAGUUGAUAACCUGGUGAAUGAGGAAUCGGCCAUUGACACUCAGCUUGAUAACAGGCAUAUCAUGCUUAGAGGUGACACGGUUUCAAGAAUCCUGAGAAUGCGGUCAACAGUUACACGGUGCUUUAGGGACCAUUACUUUGAUCACAGUUAUGUGGAGGUGACUCCACCCACAAUGGUCCAAACACAGGUCGAGGGAGGCUCCACUCUCUUCGAUUUCAACUACUUUGGUGAACAAGCAUAUUUGACACAGUCAUCCCAGCUUUACCUGGAGACAGUCAUCCCAGCAUUGGGUGAUGUGUUCUGCAUUGCACAGUCAUACAGGGCAGAACAGUCACGUACAAGAAGACAUUUGUCCGAAUACACUCAUGUAGAAGCUGAAUGCCCCUUCAUCACAUUUGAUGAUCUUCUGGACAGAAUAGAAGACUUGGUGUGUGACGUUGUUGACAGAGUGUUAAAGUCUCCUCAUGCAGAUAUACUGAAGGAAAUGAAUCCAGAUUUUAAGCCUCCUAAAAGACCUUUCAAGAGAAUGGACUAUUCUGAUGCCAUCAAGUACUUGAAAGAACACAACAUCAAAAAGGAAGAUGGCACUUACUAUGAAUUUGGAGAGGACAUCCCAGAGAUGCCUGAGAGGAAAAUGACAGACCAAAUCAAUGAGCCAAUCCUGUUGUGCCGUUUUCCUACCAACAUAAAGUCUUUCUACAUGUUCAGGUGUCCAGAGAAUAAGGGUCUCACUGAAUCAGUUGACCUUCUGAUGCCUGGAGUUGGAGAAAUUGUUGGUGGCUCAAUGAGGAUGUGGGAAUAUGAGGAGUUGCUAGAAGGCUACAAGAGAGAAGGCAUUGAUCCAACACCUUAUUACUGGUAUACUGACCAGAGGAAGUAUGGGUCUUGUCCUCAUGGUGGUUAUGGUUUGGGACUGGAACGAUUCCUAACCUGGCUUCUGAAUAGGCAACAUAUCAGAGACGUCUGUCUGUACCCACGAUUUACAGGAAGAUGUCGGCCAUAAAAUUGCACCACUCUAGGAAACUUGCCAAGAAAAACUAUUAGCCAAUUAAAAUGUGGCAUGUAACAUGCCAAUAAAAUUCUAGCUAUCAAAAGUGUAACAAGUAACUUAGUUUGUUUCUUGUAGAACAUUCAACAAAAAGUGUAAUUUACCAAUGUUAUGUAAGGAAGAAAUAUUUAUCAAAAAUAAACAUUUCUGAAUUCCCUCUUUAAAUUUAACCUAUUUUAAACCACCUGUCAAAUCCAAUAGCCAUAAACUGACAGAGGGCAGUACACAAGUCAGAUGUUUCAGAGAAAGUGAGAACAGAAUAUGUAGACAGUGUCAGAUAUUUGUACUUAUCUCCAUCCAAGGGAGUAGUAUGCAUUUUUCAUGGAGUACUCACAGAAGAGUUAAUUGAACAUUAAAGGCAUGAACUGCU